CUGGCCGGUUCCGGGUGGAAAACGGCUCUGUUGAUGAGAAUACCGAUUAUGCCCCUGGUACAUGGCACAGAACAGAUGUGCACUUGGAGAAUCCGGAAUACCACACCAGAUGGUACUUCAAGUAUUUUCUAGGAAAAGGUAGUUAAACCUUCUGAUUGUGGGUGUGUGCAGGGGGGCGGGGUGCAUGCACACCCAUCCUGAAACAUCAGUGAUUGAAAAGCUCGCUGGGAUAAUGAAGCCGUGCCCGGGCUGUUUGCACCUUCUUCUCUUGCCUAGUUUUGAAGCAGGCUUUUCCCAGAGUGAACUUUUUUCUGAUGGAAAUGUUCUGCCCUUUGCCACCUUAGCAGAUCCAGAGUUCUGUGUUGGCUCACUUCUUCGGUAGUCGUUGACCAAGCGCUGGAGCCCUCGGCCAGUCAGGACAUGAUGUGGCAACCUGCUGGGCUCCUGUUCUGGCCACUCGCGCUCUCCAGGUGGCUGUGAGAUGGCAGCUCAGGGCCCACGUACAUUCCCGGAUGCCCGUCCUCCCAUAUUGUGGCCCAACAAGGUCCAAGCAUGAGAGAGUCCCCUCUUCUAACCCCAUGAUGGGCUUGCCUGUUCUAACGGCUGCUGCUUUUCUUCCCAGUUCAUCAGAACUAUGUUGGAAUGGACGCAGAAAAGAACCCCUUCUUUCUCUCUGUCGUGCUGUCUGACCAAAACAAUCAGCGUGUCCCUCAAUACCGUGCAAUCCUCUGGAGAAAAACAGGUACUCAGAAAAUAUGCCUCCCAUACAGUCCUACAAAAACUUUAUCUGUGAAGUCUAUUUUAAGUGCCAUGAAUCUUGACAAAUUUGAGAAAGGCCCUAGAGAAAUUCUUCACCCUGAAAUUCAAAAGGAUUUAUUGGUUCUGGAAGAGCAAGAGGGCUCUGUCAAUUUUAAGUUUGGAAUCCUUUACGCCAAAGAUGGACAGCUAACGGAUGACGAGAUGUUCAGCAAUGAGACCGGCAGUGAAAGCUUUCAGAAGUUGUUGGCUCUCCUGGGGGACACGAUCACACUGAAGGGAUGGACCGGCUACAGAGGAGGGCUGGACACCAAAAAUGACACCACGGGCAUUUCUUCCAUCUACACUGUCUACCAAGGACACGAGAUAAUGUUCCAUGUUUCGACCAUGCUUCCAUAUUCUAAAGAGAACAAACAGCAGGUGGAAAGGAAGAGGCACAUUGGGAAUGACAUUGUCACCAUCGUGUUCCAGGAAGGAGAGGAGUCUUCACCAGCCUUUAAGCCAUCCAUGAUCCGCUCUCACUUCACACAUAUUUUUGCCUUAGUGAGAUAUAAUAAGCAAAGCGAUAGUUACAGGUUGAAAAUCUUCUCGGAGGAAAGCGUACCUCUCUUUGGGCCUCCUCUUCCGUCCCCGCCGGUGUUUACGGACCACCAGGAAUUCAGGGACUUUCUGCUGGUGAAACUAAUUAACGGGGAGAAAGCCACACUGGAAACGCCAACCUUCGCUCAGAAGCGGCAGCGCACCCUGGACAUGUUGAUUCGCUCCUUGUACCAGGACCUCAUGCCGGACAUGCACAAAAACAUGCUUAACAGGAGAUCCUUCAGCGACGUCUUACCCGAGUCCCCAAAAUCAGCCCGGAAGAAAGAAGAGGCUCGGCAAGCCGAAUUUGUCCGUCUUGGCCAGGCACUCAAGCUCAAAACCAUAGUGAGAGGUGACGCCCCAGCUAUUCUGGCUACCACAAGCCUUUGCAAAAAAGAGCCCUGGGAGUCGCAGUGCUUCUGCAGCAACUUCGCCCACGACGUCGUCUGUGCCGAUUCCUGGGGCCAGUCGCUGCUGGUGUCUACAGACGUUGGGGUGCUUCUCUUAGACGAUGGACAGCCUUCCCUCCCUGUGUUCGACAAAACGUUGCAGGUGAAACAGAUGCACGUGCUGGAGACUUUAGGUCUUCUGAUUACCAGAGCAGACAAAGGGAAGGAUGCCCGCCUCCUCGUCUUCCGGCUGAGCGCGGUGCGGAAAGGCAUAGAAGCCAGGCAGGUCAAGAGCAAGUGCGACUGCAGAGAAAACAAGCUGGAGAAGACGAAAGGCUGCCACUUGUAUGCCAUCAACACGCACCACAGCAGCGAGCUGCGCAUCAUCGCGGCGAUCCGGAACAAGCUGCUGCUCAUCACACGGAAGCUCAAGCACUGGGAGGGCGUGAGCACCGCCCCUCCGACGUCUCCUCAGUCAGAGUCCCCCGUGGAAGAAUUCCAGUACAUCAGGGAGAUCUGCUUGCCGGACCCGCCUGUGGUCAUGACUUUGGUGGAUGGCCCCACAGGAGAAAACGACAACCUGAUCUGCGUCGCCUACCGGCACCAGUUCGACUUGAUCAGCGAGAGCACGGGCGAGCCCUGCAGGUUGCAUCACGUCGAAUCGAGCAGGGUUAAUUUUGUUGCAGCUAUUGAUGUGUACGAAGACGGAGAGGCCGGCCUGCUCUUGUGUUACAACUACGUCUGCUGCUAUCGGAAAGUGUGUCCCUUCAAUGGGGGCUCGCCUCUGGUGCAGCCGUCGGCAUCCGACUUCCAUUUCAGCUGGAACCAGGUUCCUUAUGCGAUCGUUUGCGCCUUCCCGUAUAUUUUGGCCUUUACCACCGACUCCAUCGAGAUCCGGUUAGUGGUGAAUGGGAACCUCGUCCACACAGCCGUGGUCCCUGCGCUUCAGCUGGUGGCAUCCAGGUCAGACAUCUACUUCAAAGCUGCCACUGCCGUCAGUGAACCAUCCAACAUCAGCUCAAAGGAGACCAGCUCGCCCAACUCCCCUCAGACACCGUCGGUGCAUGAAAUUCCUGUUUUCUCCCCUUCCACAGCAGAAGGCCUCUUAGAUGAGCCGUCCCCCAAGUCGGAAGGAGUGCAGAAGAAGCAGAAGGCUCCCUCAAAACUGCCGGACUCCAAGCAAGGAGCUCUUCGGUCCACAAGCAGUGACAGACUGGCUGCAAGCUCUUUUGAAAGCACCUCGGAAGGACGUCACUUCUCCACCAGUUCAGACCCCGACACCACCACCCAGGACGAGACCCCUCCCUCCGGCAGCCUCUUCCAGCUCGGGGCUUCCUUCGACGAAGACAUCAUCGACCUGAAGUGAAGACAGUCGGGACGAACGCAGCACUUCCAUACAUUCCCCCCUCCGACCCUCUCCAGUGUUUUCUCUCUCGCUCUUUCCCCGUACUUUGUCUGAUGCUCGAAACAGAGUAGGAACUUCACACCACACUUACUAGCAAUCCCGGAGGGACACGGCACAAACGAUCCGACUCUGGAAUGCCCGACAUUCCCAGCUCGUUGGGGCAGGC